AUACCGCAAGGCUGUAGACCAGUCGUAUGUUUAGCGUCUCUCAAGAAUGAAAAUUGUGAAUAAGAAGUAGAUAAAUAGUUUUUACAUUUUUUUAUGCAAUCAAUAGAGAUUCGUAAUGGCCGAAUAUUUGGCAUCGAUCUUUGGCACAGAAAAGGAUAAGGUAAAUUGUUCGUUUUACUUCAAAAUCGGUGCUUGUCGACACGGAGAUAGAUGUUCACGUAUUCAUAACAAGCCAACAUUUAGUCAGACGUGUCUACUACAGAAUCUUUACGUCAAUCCACAAAAUUCUGCUAAAAGUGCGGAUGGUUCUCAUUUGGUGGCAAAUGUAUCGGACGAAGAAAUGCAAGAACAUUACGACAACUUUUUUGAAGACGUGUUCGUAGAGUGCGAGGAUAAAUAUGGAGAAAUUGAGGAAAUGAAUGUUUGCGACAAUUUAGGAGAUCAUCUGGUAGGGAAUGUUUACAUUAAAUUUCGUAGAGAAGAAGACGCAGAGAGAGCAGUUAACGAUCUAAAUAAUCGUUGGUUUGGUGGUAGACCAGUUUAUGCAGAAUUAUCUCCUGUUACCGAUUUUCGAGAAGCUUGCUGUCGUCAGUACGAAAUGGGCGAAUGCACUCGAUCUGGAUUUUGUAAUUUCAUGCAUUUGAAACCUAUUUCAAGGGAACUUCGUCGAUACUUGUACAGUCGUAAAAAAGGAGGAAAAAUUCGAUCUAGAUCUCGUUCUCGGUCUCGGGGACGCGAUCGUAAACGUAGAUCUCGAUCUCGUGACAGAAGAUCCAGAUCGAAGGAUCGUAAAAGACGAGACGAUAAAGGCAGGGAUGGGCGAUCUGGACGUUAUUAAUAAUUAUUCUUUAAUAAUUUUUACAUACAUAAUACAUCGUGCAUUUAAUUCAAAUACUUGAUUGACUAUCAGGUAUCUUUAUUACAUAGUGUGCAAGUUUCAAUCGAUCCUUGCGAUUAUGUAAAUUUGACCAAAUGAAAGAAAAAGAUUUAUGAAUAUAUUACAUAUUGUAGAGAAAGCAACGCGAUAAUUUAGAUUAUUGUUUUUAUAUUUUUUAUUGAAGGAUAGUAAAAAAAAGGAUUUUAUAUUAAUCCCAUAUAAUAUGUAAUCAAUGGAGCAUGUAGUAUAAUAUUAUGAUGACAAAUAUUAAUCUUAAGCUUUUCACGUGAACUGUAUAUUAUUAAUUGUGCAAUCUUGAUAAGGACACGCACAAGUUUGUUUAUACUUUUGUAGAAAGGAAAAAUCAUGCAAUACGAUCAAAUUCUGAUAUGAAAAUAUUGCAUUUGUAUUUCACGAAUUUUCGUUAAUGUGCACGUAAAGAGGCAAUCAUUGUCGGUAAUUAAUGUCGACGAUAAGGUAGUUUGGGGAAAGUGUUCGUAGCGCCACCUGAAGAAAAUUCCUGGAAACUUCGUAAUAAGUUACAACGCUUUGCUCUAUUUUAUCGAUAAUUUAUCGACAGUUAUCGACUUACCAUCAUUAUAUAGGUGUUAUCAUGUAGUAAAAAUGAUCAAAGUUUUCAUUGAAAUUUCUUUGAUUCGCGAUACAGAAGAUGAAACGAGUGGACGAAAUGCAUAUAUCUUCGAUAUCGUCAUUCAUUGCCAACCCUUAGAUACUACAGAUGGAUGAUGCUUCGGAACAAGAGAUGGUAGCACUAAGUUUUAUCCCUUUAAAGUAAUAUUUAUCCAAUUGAGAUUUUUUUUUUACCUAAACCAAAUUACGAUAUCGGUAUUAUAAUUAUUAUAAUAUUAUUUUGUCUUUUUUAAUAUAAUUAAUUCAUAGGCUCGAACGUUUCACGUUUUAUAAGAAGACUCGAAAAAGAAGAGGAUCGAAAUCGAUGUAUCCGGGCACGUGUUUUCAGGUAGAUCUAAUUGGCCUGGAGGGUUUCAGAGCAAAUGUGGACCAUUUCAGCGUCGGGCUGUGCAUCGAACAGCCGUGCAUUACCGCGGCAGAUGGUGCUCGUCGUGAUUGCAGCUGCUCUCAGAAGAACACCUGCCGUGGCCGUUCUCUCUGCCAACUAUCGAGAUGCACCGUAUCACUGUCAGUCCUUUUCGAGCUCCUCUCUACUCCUCCCCCCUCCCCUCUCUAUUCCAUUUCUCUAUCUUCUUGCAUUCUCCGUCUGUCGGAUCCACAUUAUAUUAGGUAUGUUCAUUUAACGAUCUGUCUAUCUUGGAUUAUUUAAUUCGAAAUUACUCCAAUCCGGAAUUAUUGCUCUAAAUUUAUUGAAAGAUAAUUGUUAAAGAAACAAAAUCUUUUCCAUUAGUUUUCAAGUACUUUUUUUUUUGUUUUUUAUUUUUCGAACUAUGGUAGUAUAGUUUUCAUUUAAGCGCAGACGUAUAUAUCUUUUUGUUAGUCCAAUACGGCUUACAAAUCGAUGUCGGUGGAUUUUUACACGCAGCUAAUAUCGAUGCAUAAAACUUCCUAGCGUCGGUAAUCUCCACGCUGAUAUCUGUUUUACGAUCCGACCUGCGAUAUGGCAAUGGUCAUAAAGCAUCGAGUCGAUCGAUCGCAAUGAUUGGAAGUCAUAAGCGAACGAAUUUCAUUGGGUCGAUUCUGAUAGGUGCAAUGAAACUUCUAAUAUUAAUCUCAUAUUUAUGUUAUCAUUAAUAUUACUUCCCGUAUACUUAUUGUAUAGUACAUUAGAAAGGAGGAUCGAUCAAUUGAAAUGAAAGAAAAAUUAAGAGAAGAAAUUAAAUAAAAUUAAGAAAGAAAAAAAAGAACAGAACGAUGAUACUUUUUCUAUUCGUUAAAGCAAAAACGACGAGGCAAGAGAAGAGAUGAGGAUGAAAAUGAAAGGUGGGGAAGGGAUGCAAUGUUGCUCGGUAACCGGCCCACCCAAAGACCAUAAUUAAUCCUGGCGAUUUGCCAGAGAAUCGAAUCGUGGGGAAGAGCUUUGCUUGCUCUCGUUCGAAAAAAAUUUCGGGAGAUAAAAUACGCCGGGAGAAAAUUGCACGAGUAAGGAUGGACACUUUUGACCAUGAUUUCCCUCGUCGAGGAAUGACGAGCUAACGAGCUGUCAAACGUCAAACGUCAAACGUCAAACGUCAAAUGUAUCGAAAGCUCACGUUAUUGACUUCCUCCUUUUUUCUCUUCCUUCUCCCAUCAUCUCAUUAACUUCGAAUUUGGCACGAUGUGACGUCAUUAUCGCAUAAUUAAUAUUAAUCAUAAUAUAGUAUGAGAUAUAAAUAUAGAACUACCUAUAGUAUGCAUAUUUAUAUAUAUAUAUAUAUAUAUCCGUGAGAGAGAGCGAGAGAGAGAAAGAGAGAGGUAUUUGAAAAAGAGAAAAAACGAGAGAGAGAGAGUUUUUCAAAGCAGACUCUAUGAGAGAAGUUGUUCAUUCGAAAACAAAGAGAAAAAAGGAAAAAAAAUGUUCUGUAGCAGCCAUUUAAUCGCGAAACCGGUGAAUGCCGGUGCAUCGUAAAAAGAAAGAGAUAGAUAGAUAGAUAGAUAGAGAGAGAGAGAGAGAGAGAGAGAGAGAGAGAAGGUGAAAAGCCUGAUUGAAUCCUGGCUAUGCGUGUGUAAAGCAGGUAUCCGUUUGUUUUCUCGAAUUUGGCGGAGUAUAUCCUUUUGAUCGGUUACUUUUGGCCAUCGAUCGAUCAUAUAGAGAAUCCAUUAAAAAAAUGAAAGUUGAUACUAUUCGUACACUUUGCAUUAUGUUUAUCUUUCCUCUCCUAGAUAUUUUCAUCUUUUACCUUGGAAAAACGGGGCCAUUUGUUAAUUAUCUUUAGAAACGAAUGUAGCCGACCAUUUAUGUUACUCCAUAAUUCAUAUUUAAUUUGUGAGUAUGGUAAAUGCCGCAGGCGCUUUUUCUAGAAGGGAUAAUAUCGAUCCGGUUAGUUUUUCCGCUAAGAAUUGUUUCUUUUUAUUUGACAGUAGGACGUUUUGCAGUCGUAAUUAUUUACAUUAGUUUUCUCUUUUUAACCAGAUGAGUUAUUGCGCGCGCGUGUGAUGUAGUUAUUAUUUUUCUUUCAUUAACAAUUGCAUGCUAUUGAAAGUUAUGUAAAAACGUAUCAACCGCCGUAAUAGCGAACGUCCCUACAUGAAUAUAGAUAAAUUUAUAUAAUUUUCAUAAUCGGAUUUUGGUUAGGAUGUAUAAUUCGUUAUGGACGUCCUUUCUAUUCGCAAGAAUGUUAUAAAUCGGUGGCUAUCAGAUUUCACGCAUCCCCGGCUUAAAUUUUCACACGAGAGUGAUCCUUUCGCCGGCACCUCUUUUAUCUGGAUACCAGAAUAUCGACUCUUUUCAUCGAUUCUAACCGAUUAUAUCGUUUCGUUCGAACGUGCGACGCGCGGAGUCGAGUAUUAUGCUUACGAAGCGCGCUACCGACCGAUGCAUUUUAAUGAAAUAUUUCCAGCUUUCCUUUGAAAUAUUUGUAAAUGAUUUAUAAAAGGGUAUUUAAUUCUCUUUUAGGUAUUAACGUGUUCCCAUAUGUUAUUGUUCUCUUUUUUUUUUUUCUUUUUUUUUUUUCUCCAUAGUUUACAAUACUUCAUUUUACUGAAGAAAAAAGUGUAAAGUAAAGAUAAUAAAUUAUGUCGUACAAAUGUAUCCUUUAAAAGUUAUUUAUUAUUUUUAUUUUAGAUACACAAUAUUGGAUUAUAUGUAUGUAAAAAAGAUGAAUAGAAAAACGAAGGAUUCGUAAGAACGUCGUCGUCGUCGUCGUCGUCGU